CCUUCCCUUAUCCCCUCUGCCCAAAAGGGCCUAGCCUGUGCCCCACCCCCUCCUGUCCGCCCGCUACGCCGCCGCCAUGUCGGCGCAGGCCCAGAUGCGCGCAAUGCUGGACCAGUUGAUGGGCACUUCCCGGGACGGUGAUACUACUCGUCAACGAAUCAAAUUCAGUGAUGACAGAGUAUGCAAGAGUCACCUUCUCAACUGUUGCCCCCAUGAUGUCCUCUCUGGAACGAGAAUGGAUCUUGGAGAAUGUCUGAAAGUCCAUGACCUGGCUUUAAGAGCGGAUUAUGAAAUUGCGUCCAAAGAACAAGAUUUUUUCUUUGAGCUUGAUGCCAUGGAUCAUCUGCAGUCAUUUAUUGCAGAUUGUGAUCGAAGAACAGAAGUGGCUAAGAAAAGAUUAGCAGAAACUCAAGAAGAGAUCAGUGCAGAAGUGGCAGCAAAGGCAGAACGUGUUCAUGAGCUAAAUGAAGAAAUUGGUAAAUUAUUAGCCAAAGUGGAGCAACUAGGAGCUGAAGGGAAUGUGGAAGAAUCCCAGAAAGUAAUGGAUGAAGUAGAGAAAGCAAGGGCAAAGAAAAGAGAAGCAGAGGAAGUCUAUCGGAAUUCUAUGCCAGCUUCCAGUUUCCAACAGCAGAAACUUCGAGUCUGUGAAGUGUGCUCUGCCUAUUUAGGUCUUCAUGAUAAUGAUAGGCGACUGGCUUAUCAUUUUGGGGGUAAACUGCACCUGGGAUUUAUUGAAAUAAGAGAGAAACUUGAAGAACUAAAGAGAGUUGUAGCUGAGAAGCAGGAGAAAAGAAACCAGGAACGUCUGAAACGAAGAGAAGAAAGGGAGAGAGAAGAAAGGGAGAAGUUGAGAAGAUCCAGGUCCAGAGAGCACCGUAGACAUCGGUCUCGCUCCAUGUCACGGGAACGGAAGAGAAGAACUCGAUCCAAAUCUCGUGAGAAACGUCAUCGUCACAGAUCCCGCUCUAGCAGUCGCAGCCGUAGCCGCAGCCACCAGAGAAGUCGGCAUAGUUCUAGAGAUAGGAGCAGAGAACGAUCCAAGAGGAGGUAUUGAUGUAUCGAUUGAAAGGAUGUGAAACUACUUUUAUAAUAUAUUUUAGAGUUGGAAUAUUACUGGUUUGAAACUUGCGUCUAGUAAUAAUGUACACAUUUGUGCGUGUGAUGUUUGUUCCCCU